UUUGUUCUUUCGUGUUGUCAUCAAGCAUGGCGGCGACAGUGGCAGUGAAGGAUGUUAACACUUUUCUCAGUCAGAAGCAAAAUGUUGCUGACAAAGACCUCGCCGGAGAAUGGGCGCAGCUCGAGGAGCUAUACAAUAAAAGGCUUUGGCAUCAGCUGACGCUCAAAUUGGAGACAUUCGUAAAACAUCCAGUGCUCCAGCAAGGAGAUAAUCUCGUGCAAUUAUAUACAAACUUUCUGUCAACGUUCGAAAAUAAGAUAAACCCUCUGUCAUUUGUGGAAAUAUUGGCACAUGUGAUACAACAGUUUCCAGAUAAACAGGAGGCUAUUAAAUUCUUAGAGAAAACUGAAGCCAAGGUUCAAAGUAAUAAUGAAGCUGUUGCUCUCUGCAAAGUUCUUAAAGGACAAAUAUUAUUGGAUAAAUUGAACAAUCAGGAACAAGCAAAAAAAAUUAUAGAAGAAGUGGAAACUAUGCUGGAUAAUGCUGAUGGUGUUACAGCAGUUCAUGGACGUUUUUAUCUUCUAGCCAGCCGGUUGUAUAGAUUACAGGGCAAACAUGCAGAAUAUUAUCGCACAGCAUUGAGAUAUUUAGGUUGCAUUGAACUGAGCAGUUUAAGCAGACAAGAUCAGGAACAACACGCUUUUUUCCUUGGACUUGCAGCACUCUUAGGUGAGGGAGUUUACAAUCUUGGGGAACUGCUUGCGCAUCCGGUCUUAGAAUCGUUGAAGGGAACGCCGAAUGCCUGGCUCGUCGAUUUGCUACAGGCGUUCAACGCCGGCGACAUUGUCGCUUUGGAGAGAUUAAAACCACAAUGGAGUAAAGUGGCCGAUUUAGCAGCGCAGGAAUUAAAACUGAGGCAGAAGAUUUCUCUUUUGUGCCUCAUGGAAAUGACUUUCAAACGACAAGCUAACAAUCGACAACUUACAUUUGCGGAAAUUUCUCAAGAGACGCGCCUGCCUCUCGGCGAAGUGGAGCUAUUGGUAAUGAAAGCUCUCGCUCAAGGGCUUGUGCGAGGAGCCAUAGAUCAAGUAGCGGGAACCGUCAAUAUGACUUGGGUCCAGCCGCGCGUUCUGGAUCGCAGUCAGAUCGCCGGAAUGGUGCAGCGUCUUGAUGGAUGGUGUAAGGAUGUUAGCUCAAUGGAAAAACUUUUGGAAUCCAGGGCGUCUGAGAUUCUUACACUUUGAAAAUUUCUUCCGGACCAUGCCUCUGACUUAUUCGUUUGUUACAUCAGCAAAGCUGAUUCACGCACUUACACAAUUAUGAAAUUGUCUCUUAAUAUAUGUCGUCAAUAAAUAUGAACGCUUAUUUCUUA